CACUCAACAGGCAGUAGAAAAGACUGUACCCGCACUUUCUUCCCGCCCUUAUUCAGUUGACAAAGAAGAGAGUAACAGGGAGGGAACUGAACCGACGACUGUCAUGUGCGGCAGAGCUCGUUGUACUCUCAGAGCCGAUGACAUCCCUAGGGCUUGUCAUCGCACUGGUGCUCCCGUCCGUUCGGUUAAUAUGGGCCGAUAUCGGCCAUCUUAUAAUGUCUCGCCGGGAUCGAACUUGCCGGUUGUUUGUAGAGUAGAUGGAUCUGAUGGCGAGGGUUAUGCUCUUCAGUGUAUGACGUGGGGAUUGAUUCCCAGUUUCACUAAGAAAAAUGAGAAACCCGAUUUCUACAAGAUGUUCAAUGCUCGAUCAGAGUCAAUAAGUGAAAAGGCUUCUUUUCGACGAUUACUUGCUAAAAGCCGGUGUCUUGUAGCAGUAGAAGGGUUCUAUGAGUGGAAAAAGGAUGGGUCAAAAAAACAGCCUUACUACAUUCAUUUCAAGGAUGGUAGGUCUCUUGUGUUUGCUGCUCUUUAUGAUUCCUGGCAGAAUUCUGAAGGUGAGAUACUUUAUACCUUCACUAUACUGACAACUUCCUCAUCUUCAGCUUUACAGUGGUUGCAUGACAGGAUGCCUGUCAUUUUGAGCAACAAGGAAGCAAUUGACACAUGGCUAAAUGGUUCUUCCUCCUCUAAGUUUGAUGUUGUGCUUAAACCUUAUGAGAAUUCAGAUUUGGUAUGGUACCCAGUGACAUCUGCAAUGGGCAAGACAUCUUUUGAUGGACCAGAGUGCAUUAAAGAGAUACAUUUGAAGACUGAGGACCAAAGCACCAUCUCGAAGUUUUUCUCAAAGAAGGAAACUAAAAGAGAACAAGAACCAAACCUGCAGGAAAGUACAUGUGAUAAAGCUGUCAAUGUCAAUCUUCAAAAAAGUGUGAAAGACGAACAUGGAAGUGGGGACAAGUUGGAAGUUCCUUCCUCAACGCAAAAGCUUGAUGAUCAUAUAAAAUCCAAUGUUCCUAUAGUGGUUUGUGAGGAUAAGGAUGAAACCAAGCGCAAACCAAAGCGGGACUAUGAGGAGCAUUUAGCUGAUUCAAACACAGUUAAAAAUGACAAAAUGCAGCUGAGUCCUUCAAGGAAGAAGACCAACCUUAAGAGUGGUACUGGUGGUGAUAGUGAUAAACAGCCAACACUGCUUUCGUACUUUAACAAGAGGUAGUACUCAUGUGCACUAAUUUUCAUAGUCUUAGGCACCUGAUUCUUAUGCAUAUAAACGGAUAUAUCUUGGUUUGUAACUUUUCUACCUGAAAGGCCUUGACGUCACUAGAUACUUAGAAUUAUGUUUGCAAGGGACUGCUGCUCAUUUUGUGCAGUUUUUUGUUCCGGAGAAAUUUCUGGUAAAUGUAAGUGGGGAAGCACAUGGAUCUGUAACUUAGUAGACUUUCGAACUGAUCUUUUGUUUAGAUGGCAAAUUGGAAAAACUUUGUUGAUUUGC